ACAAUCAUGAGGACACUUCUUUGCUUGUUCUUGACAUUCAUCAUAUCAAAAACACAAUCUGAACGUGUGGGCAAUCUUGUCCUGCUGAAAGACGCGGUGAAGGACGGAGCAGUGUGUCUAGAUGGUUCAGCAGCCGGUUAUUUCAUCGACAGGACGCCAUCCAAGCGUUGGAUAAUACACCUAGAGGGUGGAGGCUGGUGCUACAGCGAGGGCGACUGCUACAAUCGCAGUUUCAUCGAUUUAGGCUCAUCAAAAAAUUGGCAAACAAAAUUCGAAUUGGCAGGAUUUCUCAACAAUGACCCGGAUGUGAAUCCAAAUUUUGCCAACUAUACGGUUGUCUUUGUUCCGUAUUGUGAUGGAGCUUCAUUCUCUGGCAAUAGAGAUGAACCCGUUGUUGUCAAUGGUCGAAAAAUAUAUUUUCGUGGUCAUCGAAUUCUUACUGCUCUUGUCGAUGCUCUCAUAGAGAACGAAGGUUUGAAAGAAGCCGAGGCUAUCAUCCUCACUGGCUGCUCUGCAGGCGGACUGGCCACAUUUCUACACUUGGACUAUGUUCGAUCGAGGUUUCCUUACAGUGACGUUCAUGGGCUGGCUGAUGCUGGAUACUUCGUUGAUGCACCCAAUGUAAACAGAGACAUGCAUGCCAGACGGCAAUUUCAAUAUAUCUUCCAUAUGCAAAACUGUAGUGAAGGUGUCAACCGCGACUGUUUUGAGUCGAAUGAGAUUGAUGGUUGGCAGUGUUUCAUGGCUCAAUACACGUACCCAUAUAUCCAGACACCGAUAUUUGUGCUCAACUCUCUAUACGACACAUGGCAAUUAGGAAAUAUAUUACAACUUGGUUGUAAUCCUCCAGACUGUAAUAACACUCGGAUGUUGGAAUUUUUUGCUUGGCGAACGACGUUUCUGAAUGCAUUGAAACCGGUGAUUCAAUGGGGUCAAAAUGGAGUAUUUGCUGAUGCUUGUCUUCAGCAUUGCCAGAGUGUAAAUGAUAUUCCAUGGUCAAGAAUCAAAGUCUGGGGUCAGAAUGCUCAUGACAUGUUUAGCGAUUGGUACAUAAACAAAAGAGGGACAAGGACAGGCAUUGAUGGUGUCUAUCCUAACAAUCCAACAUGUGGUGAUAAUGACUAAUUAAUUACAAGCAGCAUGCAAGGACAAGUUUGUGGUAUCUGAUAGUGGUAAAAUUGUGCGCAUGCGUAUGAAUUGUGAUUAUGUAAUGGAACUAUUGGACCCCUGCUGUCAGUGUGGUGAACCCAAGUUCUCUUAAAAUAGUUUCCUUCAGGCUUGUUUUUUUGACUCGAA